AUUUCGCGCUGAAUCAGCAUUCAGUUUUGUUCAGUACGAAUUUCUAAGCGACAAGAAAUAUGGGCAAAUCCAGUCUCUGUUUACUGGCCUUCCUAGCCGUGUUAGCCAUUGGUGCCGCCGAGGACUUGUAUGCGGAUACAUACGAUCACAUCGAACCUAUGGAGAUUUUGAAUAACGAUGAACUCCGAAAUCAGUAUUAUAAUUGCGUUAUGAACACUGGCCCCUGCAUGUCUGACGAACAGAGGUUCUUGAAGGAGCACGUCGCAGAAGCGAUGGCGACGAGAUGUCGUAGAUGUACGGAAAGGCAGAAAGACGGUUUAGAAAAAGUAGUCGUGUGGUACACUGAGAACCGUCCUGAGGAAUGGAGCGCUUUGGUAGUACAUCUUAUAGAAGAAGCGAAAAAGCAGAAUAUUACCCCGGUCAGCGGUGGUUUUAUAUAAUACCUAAAUAAAAAAAAUAUAAUUUGUGAUGUAUGUUACAUGUUUAUAAUAAUUAUGAGGUAAAUAACAAACUUGCAUAUGUAUAGUU